GUUGUGUGUGUGUGGUUGUAUUUGUGGUUGUGUUGAUUGAUUUGUCAAACGAAACAAGUUCGCGAGUUUUGAACUAAAAUUUUAUUUACGUAUUAUGUGAAAUUAUAAUACAAUCGUUUAAAGUAACUCACGUAACGUACGUUAAUCGAAUCGAACUGAGCAAGAUGUCUUCACCACGCCCGAAAUCACCCAGAACUCCUGUUUUGCCCAAAAAGGAAGACAAGGAAGAGUCGAUUUGGGAUAAACUUGGAACUAUUGGGCGUAAAAAGGGCAUAAAAAAAGUACAAGAGGUGCAAGCAGAGGGUAAAUAUGCUAUCGAUUCUCCAGGAAGUCCCACAGCGCCCGAAAUACCUCCCGAGGAAUACAGCCUACAUGACAAUGAAGAACGGGCCAUAAUUGAACCCAGGUCACUAGAAGACCCCAGGGUAAAAGAACUCAUACAGGUCCUCAUUGACUGGAUCAAUGAUGAGCUGGCAAUGCAGAGGAUCAUUGUGAAGGAUAUCAGUGAAGAUCUGUAUGAUGGUCAAGUACUGCAGAAGCUUCUGGAAAAACUCACAGAGACCAAGCUGGAUGUGCCAGAGGUGACUCAGUCAGAAGAAGGACAAAGACAGAAGCUUGCCGUUGUACUUAGAGCAACAAACAGAGUACUUUAUGGCAGUUCAAAACCAGUACAAAAAUGGAGUGUGGAUUCCGUCCACUCCAAGAAUGUUGUCUCAAUAUUACAUCUACUGGUGGCAUUGGCGCGUCACUUCCGAGCACCGAUCCGUCUCCCUGAGAAUGUCAGUGUCAAUGUCGUGGUGGUGAAAAAAGAUGCGUCUAACCAGCUCUCUCACAGGACAUUCAUCGAAGACAUCACAACCACUUAUGAUGAUCUAGGAAUGAAAUGCGAAAGAGAUGCAUUUGAUGCAUUAUUUGAUCAUGCCCCUGACAAACUGCAAGUUGUUAAGAAAUCUCUCAUCACUUUCGUCAAUAAGCACUUGAGUAAAGUUAACCUUGAAGUCAUGGAUUUGGAUACCCAAUUCCAUGAUGGUGUGUACUUGUGCCUACUCAUGGGAUUGUUGGACGGAUUCUUUGUGCCAUUGUACGAUUUCCACUUGACACCCCAAGACUUUGACCAAAAAGUUCACAAUGUUUCAUUUGCUUUUGAGUUGAUGCAAGAUGUGGGGCUUGCCAAACCAAAAGCCAGACCUGAAGAUAUCGUAAACCUGGAUUUGAAAUCUACUCUUCGGGUCCUGUAUAAUUUAUUCACUAAAUAUAAGGACAUGGCUUAAAUUCUUAAAAAAAAAUAUGUUACUAAUUUAUAUAUAUUGUGUUCAUUUAUUAAUAUUCUAACACGUUGUGUAAGCGAAAUAUAUGAUUGUGCCUUAACUUAGUAGUAAAUAAAUAAUUUAACUAAC